UCUCAUUGGGCUUAUUUUGGGUGAGUUUUAGUCGAAUGAACCAUAGACGUAUAUUGGCUGAGACAAUCGGAUUUACGCCGUAAGAGAAGCUUCUUUGAAGUAUUUUUUUCUUUUAUCAUCUUCAGUUUCAAGACUAGAAAUUGUUCGAAACUUUGCUACACACAUGGGAUUUCCCCAGAAAAUAAAACUUUAAAGGAGGUCGACAUUGAUUUGGAAUGAAAAACGUCUACAUGCAGAAAAAUGGUGCUUUCAAAGAUGCGAUGUCGAGAGGACCAUCCCAAGUCUGUCCUUCCUAUUUUCAGGUGCAAAAGACUAAAUGUGCCUAUGGAUGAUUGCAAAAUUCAAAACAACUCGCAGGUGGCAAAAGUGAUUCAAAGGACAAACCUAGUGCCACCUAAUAAACGCUCUUUUUGUGUGGACACUAAAGAGCAUUACAUGGUUUGGUUUCCUCCUGUAAACACUUUUAGCGAUGAUGGAGGGCUCACCAAUAUGGACCGCAGGACCCCUUUGGUUACUGAUCAGUCAGUCACUCGGAAGUUUGGUCUAGAAGUUCUGAAUAAGGAGGGAAAAUCGGUGGAUGAUGUUGAAAUACAGUGUUGGUUAGUUCGUGUAAAGAGAAGGUACCGAGUGGAGGUACCGAGUUACCGGCGGCCAAAUUCAGAAACAGGGGGAGAUGAUGGAAACAUGGAAGUUAUCCGUACCACACUGUUGAAAGUUACUGCCCACUGCCAGUACCGCAUUCAAAUACCUGGGCAAGAAGCUGUGAUCCAUCCAUCAACUGACGAUAUUCUGAAGUACGGUGAUGGCUCAUCAAAACUAAAGCACUCGGCAAGUCACGACUCUGGCUAUGACACAGACAGUCCAACUUCGCUAGGCGCAGGAAUUGGAGACGGCUCAAUUUUUUUAGGGCAGAUUAAAGAAGCAGGUGACAGUGAGGAUUGGACAAUGUCACGUGCCGACCAGGGACCUGAUACAACCGAUGUGAUGUCGAGUGGUUCAGAGAUCGAGGAGACCCCAAACAAAUCCGGAGGCAUUGAGAAGCGAUCUGCUGAAGCAGAGGCAGGGGAGAAUCAAGAAACAGUAUUGGUGGGAGCCCCGGAGCCGGAGCUUGCUGUCACUGAGGAUACACAGAAUAAACCUGGCGACAUCAUUGAGAAUGAAAGUGUCCGACCUAGUGCUGAUGGAGCUGUUGGGUUUCUUGGUGACAACGCAGAGAUAGUCCGAGUUCAGGAAUACAUUCGAGAAGAAUUUGACAAAGCAGAAAUGGUUGAUCAACUGGUGCGUGGUGAGUUAGUCCCCGAGAUGAGUGGGCAUCUGGUACCGGUUGAAUCGGGUGAAAAAGAUGUCGAUGUGACUGACAAGAAUGAAAUGCUGAAGAAGGAAAGUUCACCAGACGAAGGGAUUGAGACUCUGUCUGUAUCUGAUGAAAGAAGUGACUUUGAAAAAUAUGACUGCUGUGAUGUACUGUUUGUAAUAUGGAAUGACGAAACUAUAGACUGUCCAGCUGUGUUUGAAUAUUUUAAGGAAUUCUACGAACACUUCUCCAAAGGAAAAAACUUUGUCAUAAAGACCAUCGGUGACUACCAUCCAUAUGGUGUUGACGCUCGAUUUGAAGCUAUACAAAGAGCAAGCAAGAUCAUAGUCUACAUUGCUCCUGAGUGUCCCAAUCCCAAGUGUCCACACUGUCGCGAGCCGCCUAACUGGGAGAAAUUGAUUCAUGAGCUCAUACUGGACGUUGGUGACAGGAAAGAUCAACACGUCAUCUUGACUGUGUCACCAAAAUCUGUAAAUUCGAAGAAAUUUUUCGAACUUUGCCCAUAUUCCAUCCAUCAUGCCACUCAUCUCUCUCGAGAUGCAUGUGAACUUCUGAAGGAAGAACAUGUAGAAAAAGUAGUUAAGAAGCGGAAAGAGACUGGUAAAUUUGCCCGUCAACAUGAGGAAAAACGGGAGAGAGAGCGUAAUGAAUCGCCGAGGUCAUCUUCCGAUGAAACAAACAGUUCUCCAGAUUCUGUGAUUGAGGACCGCAACUUAACGCACAGUUCUCCAGAAUCUGUGAUUAAGGACCUCAACUUAAUGAACUGUUCUCCAGAUUCUGUGAGUGAGGACCGCAACUCAACCACCAGUUCUCCAGAUCCCGUGAUUGAGUCCUUCAACUCCGACAUAAAUGAAAGAAUGGAUGUUCUUAUUCUGUGCCAUGAUGAGGAUGUUGGUUUAACUCGUCAACUUCAGUCAAAGAUUAAGGAGGGUGACAAGACUCUGAAAAUUGGCACACAGGAGAAGUUCCAUCACCAUGGUCUCGACAUGAGACAAGGGGCCAUCAAGAAUUCAAACUAUGUUAUCAUAUAUGCCUCGCGUCGCUACGCUGGGGAUGAAAGUAUGACCAAAGCUUUGGAUUGGGAAAAGGCUGUUAAUGACAUACAGGAUAAAUUGGUGGUUGUCGUUCCAAAAGGGACAAACCAGGAUGAAUACGAUGAUUACCAAAUGAACCUCAAAUUAGUCUGUGCAGUAGCCACUUAUUUUGAGGACAAGGAAAUGGACAUGCAACCUUUGAUCAAAUGGUUGUGUUCCCCAAGCAAUCAAGCCAAAUCCUCAUCUCAUGGUUACCAGUAGUUCUAUAGGAAACUUUAUAUAAGUUCAUUUCAACUGUGUUCUAGAGCAAGAGUUAACUAAUACCUCUGGUUCGGUAUCAAUUAGAAAAUCAUGUAGAUGUAUAAAUUAUUCAUGUGCUGUCUGUUAAUUCUGCUUACACUGAGGCAUACCAACCAAGGCUUUUCGCUAAACUUGAGAAUAAAGUUAUGAGAUUACUAAUACAUGUAGUAAGUUCAUUUGGCCUGA